UUAUCUGAAAAUGAUCCGAGUGAUAGUCUAGAAGGUAAAUUCAGUUGGUUCGGUAAGUCUAAACUGACCUCACAGACCAGACAACGGCAACAGAAUCUGCAUCACCACCAGCACCAGCAAUUGCAUCGUCAUCAUCAGUCCCAACAACAUUCUCAGCAAAAUUUGACGUCACUUAAUUCCGCUUCAAGAUGUUCCGUGCCUGACCGGCUAGCAGCCAGCACCUCCCAUCUUCUUUCUGACCCCCGAGCCAAAGAGGCCUUGACGACCGCUGGUCGACGAUCCGCAGAGCCAAGCGUCUUGCGAGGAUCGAGUGGAGGUCAGGAGACCUUGAACCCCGAUAACUCUGCCUCGUCAACAACAAUGACGACGCCGAAGCCGUCAUAUCAUAUGCCUGUCUACAGACAAUGCGCCCAGCACCAGCAGCCAAUCCCUUCCAAGCAGCAGCCACAACAGCAACAUACUUCCAGUCAGGGCACUCAAAGACCACGCUUCCAGCAGUAUAUUCCGAAGCACCAAAAGCAGAGAGAAGAUGUCGCAUUCACAUCCCCUUCGAUGGAGCAAAGACAGCCCCAUCAAAAUCAGGGUCUUCAAAGCCACCAAAACGUCAGACCUGAUGAAGAAAAACCGGCGACAAGAGAGAUACCGAACGAUCACCAAUCAUCUAUUCAUUAUAGCCCUUACUUAGGAAAAUUCUGGCCUCGACCGAUAGUUGCCGACAAAAUAAACGAUUUAGGUAGCAACCAUUUCAGUCAACAUAAAUCUUAG